UUGGCUCGUGUUCGUGGCUUUGUGUAGUUUCCAAAGUAGCUUACUCACUUCCUCUGUUUUUCUUCUAUAAUUAGCCCCUUGUUUUUAACUUCUCUCUUUAACAUUCUCAAUUUAGCUCCGGAAAUCUUCACCAUUUUAUUAUCGGGUAUUUGGUGAAGAUGGUAAAGCCUUGGCAAUCAUGGCUCUACUGCUUAGCUUUAUUUCUGGCUGUGUCGUGUGAAGUUAUAACUGCUCUUGUACUAGAUGAGAGCAUGAUGAAAUCAGCUGAUUAUCUAUCGCCUGAAUUCGCCAUGAAACCCGGGUCAGUAGUGAACAAAUUCUAUUAUAACAUCGACUUUCCCAAGGGCCACAUUGGCAUUAAGGAUUUCAAUGCUGAAGUAGUUGAUGAGGAUGGAGUUUCUGUCUCUCUUCAAGACACUUACCUCCACCACUGGGUGGUUUUGAGAUACUAUGUACGUAAAGGUUUGGAGGAUAAAGGCCUAAGAAGCAAGCCAACGCUUCGUCAGGGGCCAGAUUUUAUGUUGGUCAGAAACACUGGAGUGUGUAAAAAUCUUGGUCAGUAUUUUGGAUUAGGUUCUGAAACCCGAAAAACAGUCACACACGUGCCCGAUCCUUAUGCAAUAGAGAUUGGUAAUCCAGAUGAAGUACCAGAAGGGUUUGAGGAGAGGUGGCUGGUGAAUGUUCACGCAAUUGAUACUCGAGAUGUGGUGGAUAGGUUGGGAUGCACUGAAUGCAGGUGCAGUCUUUACAAUUCUACCAUAGAUGAAUAUGGUAGACCUAUAAGCCCAGAUUACGAAGGAGGAUUGUAUUGUUGCUAUGAUCAGACACAAUGUAAGGUGAAGGAAGGUUUUGCAAAUUCUUUGAGGAGGUUGUACCUGAAGUACACUGUCAAGUGGUUUGAUUGGAAUGAAUCAUUACUACCUGUUAAAAUUUAUAUCUUUGAUAUUACUGAUACUUGGAUGGCAUCCAAUGAAAGGCAUCCCUGCAUGGUAGAGUAUGAAGUCAGUCCUUGUGAUUCAUCUACUGUGUCUUCUAAUGGUUGCAUCGACAAUAAGAAGAUAAGCUUUAAUAUGCCAAGAGGAGGGUAUUUGGUUUAUGGUGUUGCCCAUCAGCAUGCAGGAGGAAUUGGUUCAGCUCUUUAUAGAAAGGAUGGGCGUGCUAUCUGUUCCUCGAUUCCAACCUACGGACAGGGAAAUGAAGUAGGAAAUGAGUCUGGAUAUAUUGUUGGAAUGUCCACCUGUUACCCCGACCCUGGCUCAAUCAAGAUUAAUGAUGGAGAGACUUUGGUUCUGGAGUCUAAUUACAGCAGUUCUCAGAAACACACUGGAGUUAUGGGCCUUUUCUACAUUUUGGUUUCCGAACAAUUACCAAGGCAGAAGGAAAUUUCAACCUCUUAAUCUCUUCAAUUGAGCGCAUAUAAGGCCUUAAUUUUCUUCAACAGUUUCUAUGUGACUUUCGGUGAAGGUGAGCUACUGCCUAGAUUCAAUUUUAACUCAUGUUUAGAACUCUAUGCAUGAUAUAUAUUCAAUAUAUGUAACUGAUGAUGAAGUCUGGCUACUUUUGUUCUGCCUUUUCAUCUAUAUUACUAGUAGUAAUGAAACCAAAGUGAAAAAUCAUUUUGCAAUCUGUA